GCUCUGAGAUUCCAGGAUUAUCUCUUGAGCAAGAUCCAGAAAAUGUACACGGAAGACUUCAGGAACAUGAUUGGAGAGAACAGGAACAGCAGUGACUCCUCAUCCACCUUUGGUCACACCAAUAUGAUGAGUGCCAUACUGAUCACUGUCUACUCCGUUGCCUUUGCUGGAGGUGGGAUUGGGUCCAUCACCAUGUUGUUUGUGCUGGUCAAGAUGAACACUCUGUCUGUGACCACUACAGCCAUCAUUAACCUGGUGGUUGUGCACGGCCUCCUCCUUUUCACGGUGCCCUUCCGCCUGCACUACUACAUCAAGAAGAAGUGGGUAUUCAAGAUGCCAUUUUGCAAAAUGGUGAGCGCGAUGGUCCACAUCCAUAUGUACUUGACCUUCCUGUUCUACGUCAUCACGCUGGUGAUCCGGUGGCUCAUCUUCUUUCAAUGGAAGGACAAGGUGGAGUUUUACAGGAAGCUGCACGCCAUCGCAGCAAGCGCUGCCGUGUGGGUCUUCGUCAUGGUCUUUGUGGUGCCGGUCUUGUACUUCGAAUAUGGACGCUCGGGCUUCUACAAUGAUACAACAUGCUUUAAGUUCCACAAAGAACUCCAGCAGGAGAACGUGAAAGCCCUGAACUACACAAUAGUUGUAGCUGUUGCCUGCAUUACUUGUGUCCUGUUGGGCCUGCAGAUUUUCAUCCUGGUCAAAGUGGCAAGAAAACAUUCCACCUCGCUCUGGUCACACCAAGAGUUCUGGGCCCAGGUGAAAAGCCUGAUUUUCAUCUGCGUCAUCAUCAUUUGCUUCCUUCCCUAUCACCUCUUUAGGGCCUACUACAUCCAGCAUGUGAGUGAGAUUGACCAGUUAGAAAGCUACAACGAAGUUUUUUUGGGUCUGACUGCCCUCAGCUGUCUGGACCUGCUGUCAUUCGUGCUGAGCGGAAGCCGCCUCUUCAAGCAGAAGGUGGGCAUGCUCCGCAGCAGGUUGUCUUGCUGCUAG